GGAUCAGGUCUGGAUCCGGGGCAGGGAUUCAGGACCCACCAGCCGUCCACAGGCUGCAGGUUUGUGUCAUCACACAAAAAGGACGUUUUAGGAGUGGAUGAAUGAGUGUGAAGCACCUGAGGAGGGUCUGAGACCAGGACCAGGUCCAGGAGCUGGAGUCCUGAUGGAUCCACAUGAUCCACAUGGUCUGGAUUUAAGGACUACGUGGACACAUUAAGUGCUGGUGCUGCAGACAGUCAUGCCGGUGUUGGAGGUGUUCUGCAGCCUGAUUGGCUGGUUGUGUCUGUACCUGCUGUUUGGUUCCGCCUUCCCCCUGCGUGGACCUGAGUGGAACUGUCGUCUGGUGACGCUGACCCAUGGCCUCGCCAUCGUCAUGACGACGGCAUACGUGGUCUUCAUAGACGGACCCUGGCCCUUCACCCAUGCAGGUACUGCGAACACCCCUCUGCAGACCCUCUCCUUGUCCGUGUGCCUGGGGUACUUCUUCUUCGACCUGGGCUGGUGCGUCUGGUUCCGGUCCGAGGGUCCGCUCAUGAUGGCCCACCACGGCGCCAGUAUCCUGGGCAUCCUGCUGGCGUUGCUGAUGGGCGUGUCCGGCUGCGAGACGUGCGCCGUCAUCUUUGGCAGUGAGCUGACCAAUCCGCUGCUGCAGAGCCGCUGGUUCCUGCGUCAGCUGAGCAUGUACGACGGCCUGCUGGGAGACGCCGUCGACCUGCUGUUCAUUCUGCUGUUCGCCACCGUCCGCGUGGGCGUGGGCACCGCCAUGUUCUACUGUGAACUCACCUCCCCCAGGACGCCAUUGGUCAUGAAACUGGGGGGCGUGGUCAUGUACGUCCUGGCCUGGGUCUUUAUGGUGGACAUCGCCAGGUUCGGAUACAAGAAAAGCAAAGCCAAGUAUAAAAGGUGGAUGGAAAAGCUCCGCCUCCAAGAAAAGGACCACCUCCAGGAAAUGGACUGCCUCCAAGAAAAGGACCGCCUCCAGGAAAUGGACCGCCUCCAAGAAAAGGACCGCCUCUGAGAAAAGGACGGCCUCCGACAAAAGGACCGCCUCCAGGGAAAGGACCGCCUCCA